GUCUCUCUCUCCACACACACACAUACACACGCACACAGACAACUCCUCCUUUUCCUCCUUCUGUCUAUUCGGUAUUAAAACCCUAACUAGUAGUAAGCUUGAUUCUAUAAUUACUGAAACACGUCGUCAGUGCGGAGUGGAUUGCGGUCAUCUCCGUCCACUUUGGACAAUAAAUAUGCUAGAUUACUGCCGAAACGACAGAACAGCAAUGGAUAGAUGCUCAAGACGAGUUGCUUUUAUUAAGUUUUUAAAAGAAAACAGUUUAUUGCUUUUAACUUUAGUAAGUGUGAUUGCAAGUUUUAUUUUGGGUUUCGUUAUCCGAUCAGCUCAGCCUUCAAAUGAUGCAAUCAUCUGGAUUGGAAUGCCUGGGGAAAUCUUUCUUCGAACCCUAACUGCCAUGAUUACACCACUUAUAAUUAGCAAUGUGAUAGCAGGUUCUGCUACACUUGAUGUGAAAUCAAAUGGAAAACUUGGAAUAUCUGCUUUAAUAGUUGUUAUUUUAAGUAAUCUGCUUGGCUCCAUCACUGGUAUUGCCUUCUUCAUGCUCAUAAAACCAGGUACCAGAAGAGAUAUAAAUCAAGACAAUCCUGGGAGAGUCAAGGUCGUCAUAUAUGCAGAAGAUCUGUUUGCAGAUCUCAUCAGAAAUAUAUUUCCCGAUAACAUCAUAGGUGCUUCAUUUAGACAGACAUUAACAUCUUACAAAAAAGUUGAAGCACAACUGAACAUGAGUGAGGAAUUUGCAAAUAACACCAUUUAUCAGAGACACAUUGGUUAUUCUGAUGGAAGCAACAUACUUGGACUUAUUACAUUCAGUUUUUUGUUUGGUAUGGUUGCUGGUUCUUUGAAAGAAAAAGGAGAACCUUUUCAUAUGUUCUUUGAAUCAACCAGUCUCAUCACAGCAGAAAUAUUUAAGUAUUUGUUUAAAAUAACUCCAAUUGGCGUCGCUAGUUUGAUAAUGGCAUCAAUAGCAGGUAUUAAGGACAUCAACACACUUUUCACCAGUCUUGGAAUGUUUAGCCUUACUGUUUUCACUGGACUGGCUUGUCAUAUGUUGGUCUUCAUAAAUCUGAUAUACCUUAUUAUUUUCCGGAAAAACCCAUUUAAGUUCCUCUUCACCUGCAUACGCCCUUAUAUUUUAGCAUUUACUUUCACCAGCAGUUCUGCCGCCUUUCCAGAAAUGGAAUCUAGUCUUGUGGAGAGAAAUGGUGCUGAUAAACGGGUGAUCGGAGUAUCACUACCUCUAGUAGUGACAUUAAAUGCGGGUGGCAGUGCUUUGUUCAUUGUAACAGCAGCUCUGUUCCUAGCAAACUACCAAGGUGUUGAUCUAAAUGCUGGCAAUAUGAUAGUACUUGUAGUUCUUACAGCCAUAGUUACAAUGGCUCUACCUGGUGUACCAAGCUCGAGUAUUGUCACUCUAAUAUUAUUGCUGACUUCUAUGAAUAUUAAUCCAAAACCUGUUGCCAUGCUUUAUGCCUUGGAAUGGCUUUUAGACCGACUCAGAUCUGGCAACAAUGUAUUGAGUCAUAUUUUAGGAUGUCUAAUUAUUGACCAUUUCCUGAAGCCAUCAUCAUCAAAGGACAAAAAGAAAUAUAAAAUUGAAGAAAAUUGUGAAGAACUGAAGACAAUGACAUCAACUGUAACACCAAGUUCUUCUGAAGAAGAGAAAAUCAGUUUGUUUACAAAUGGCACUAACCCAGUAAUUUCUCAAACUUAAUUCAACACAAACCUCUCUUGGUUUUUAUUUUUCUUGCAUGUUUGGAAUGUCUUCAUUUAUUUUAUUUUUCUAUUAAACUAACAUUAAUUUUCUGUUCA